AUGUCAACCAGACGAGUUCACCUUGCUACUGGACCUGUCGACAUCGUUGUGGACAAUUCCACAGCAGGAGAUGUCAUCGCAACUGUCCAAAGUACUUUGCCAGAUCAGCCGUGGCAUGGCAAGACAUUGCUCUCCAGCGGCCCCCGCCGCUUUGACCAUUCCGACCAUGUCGACGAUGCGGAGAAUUCAGGUGGUUGCGGAAGUUGCGGAAGUUGCGACCUGGUUCUGGCCAAUUUCUCGGUAUUGGCGCCACCUCGGCGACAUGGUUCGCACAUUGCCACUGAAAAAAGUGGCAUCACCAUCCCACAGAUACAGCAGCUGUUGGAUUUCGUUUUCACCAUGGUCAACAUGGUGGGGGCAUGCGGCCGUUGGGCUGAAACCUUCGGUGAUGAACGUGGCAGGCCUUUGAGCUUUGAGGCUUUUAACCUUUAUCAUGCGAACGAUUGGAUUAUUGGACCUGCUACCGCUGCCACUGAUGCACAUGAAGCGUGCAGUUACGUUGAGUUGCUUGGCUUGAGGCUCAGAUUCCUUUGUGGUUUGUCUCACAUGCAUGGCUUGAACCCAUACACCUUUUUCUCACGUGCCUCCGCCGCCACUCAACCCUUCGAGAACUCCGUGUUCCAGCAUACUGGGUAUGUGGAGGAACGGGACACCAACUCUUUGCUACUUGAUGUUGCUGCCACAGAUCUUUGCCAUGUUGCCCAUGUCAUCACUGAUGGCUUAGUCGGUGCUGAGACCCGGGUUCUCCCCAUCUUGGGUUUGCUCUGCAAGUCACGCCGUGAGCAAUCCUUUCCAAUGGAUUUGCUUCAGAAAGGUCUCAGCGUUGACAUUGCUGCAGCACAAGCGUCCAAAGAAGAGGACAAGACACGGAUUUUGAACUCCGUGCGAUGUCCGCGAGCCAGGACAUGGGCAUUGGACACGCCUUUUCCAACACAGCACCCCCGCUAUGAUGCCGUCAACAGAGCUUUAGCCUCCCACUUUGCACUGACCAGCAUCCAGCAGUCAUAUCGUAAUGGACAAGCGCAAGCCCCAUCAAGCCUGUGGCAAGCACUACGGUCAGAUGCAGAAAGAAAGAACAUCCAAGUGUCACUGACAGGCUGCCACAGUUUCCGAGACCCGGACUUGCGUAUUCUCAUGGAUAACCUGCCAUCCCAACUGCAAAGUCUACGGCUCGAUCUUGCCUACACUGGUUUGGAGCGUUUGGAUGAUCUAGCGGGUGCUUCCGGUGCUUCCUUCGGAAAUGCCCUUCAGACCCGAGUGAUUCGCUUCGCAGGAUCUUUAAGAAGCAUUUCUGGCUUGUCUGCUUUGCUUUGCCCUUCCUUGAGACGUUUGGAGCUGUGGCUGUCAGACCUUCCAGACUUAGAAGACAUCGAGUUGGGCGUCAGCAACAAGGCAUUGUUGAAGCUUCGUUUGGAGGAGCUGGUCUUGUAUGUGAAUGGCUGUCCCAGCGUACCGCGCGAAUCCAAGACAGCAUUGUUUGCUGCCACUCGGCAGCUGAAGCAGUGCCUUCGACGCCGGCCUUACAUGUGGGUUCACAUCGAGGAUACAAACACCUGGACGCUGAAUCUCUGCCUUGUGAAGCUCAAGGUGGGUCGUUCACAAAGCCACCUUGAGAUAGGUUCACUCAAUUCACCCACGCCUCCUGCAAGCGCAGCUUCGCUGGCCGAGAUUCCAGAGUCACAAAUCGAUCCGUUCCCGUGCCAUUGCUGCGCGAAGUUCCACGGAAAUUCUCAUGGAUACUGCAAUGCUCAUCGACUUGCCCGAUUUUACCACAAUGCGUUCUCCAGAUGUCAUCUCGUUUUUCAAUAUGCAGAGCUGCUGAUGAUUUUCUUUGUACAAGCCACGGCUGAUAUCGAAUCGAGGGGCUUGCUGGCCUUGAUUGUCAUCUCUUUGUAUCCUGUGCUCUGGAUGAGCCUUGAUCGAUUGGUGGGAGGGUCGGCCACCUCAAUUUGUAUCGUGUUGAUCUCGCUGCUCUUCGCAUCUGUAUCUUAUGCACUGCUGCGAUUCGAUCAGAUGCACCGAGCGACUCUGGAACUGUCGUUGGCUUCUGAAGCCAUUUGCUCACAGGCGAUUCGUCCUGCGAACUUGUCGCACCUCUCUCUGGUCUUUGGAAGUUCCGCUGAUGACUUCCCGAACACAGGUUUGCGACAAAGCGAAACGGAUUUGACAAGCAACUUCCGUCAGGCACGGAUUCACUUUCUGAGCUUUCAGAAUGCUCUGCGCCAAGCCCUGGGCGAAGGUGAAGUGACGAAUGCUACAGCAAAUGCAAAGAUCAAGCGCCUCGCCGACCUUGAAACGAGUCAAGGAGCAGACCAUGAUGUUCUUUCUUGCGAAAUCCAUUGUGAAUCCCUCCAGCAAGUUCAACUGGUGUGGCUUGCGCUAAGCAAAAGAUUUCAACGGGAAGAAGAACCGUGGAAGAUCGUGGCAUUGUGGGAUGGAUUUGCCCAAGAAGAGGAGCGGAGAUGCAGCAAGAUCGUGAUGUCCAUGAACGGUUAUUUGGCCACUGUCGUUCUUUGUGUUGCCUCCUUAACAAGGCUGCAGGGCAACCUCAGUGAACUUUGCCUUUUGGCCGAUGCUUUUGGCCUCUUGGAGGAUGCAAAGCCUCGAAGGUGGCUGCAACGUGACGGUCCAAAUGCAAAGGGCUCAAGUUCUGGAGAGAGAGCGAGUUUGCCUCGCGGCUCACAGAUUUUGGAUGCUCUUCUUCUGGUGCUUCUGUCACUGGCUCGUUUCAUUGCUAUGAUCACGGCAGCUUAUUUCACGUGUCAAUACUUCUUUCGCUACGGCCCUUCCAGCUUGCACGAAAGCAUAGAUCAACUGGGACAGCAUCGCUUUGUCAAAGUCGCCUUUGGAGAACGCUUUGACGGCUCAUGGUGGGAUGCCUUGUGCUUAUCAGGGCCUUAUGCAGUUCUUGUAGUGGUUUUCGCACGCGAUUUGCUUUGCUUUUCUGCUCCGACAGCUCAAAAACGGAAGAGCAGACAGCUGUCACAAAUUGUCUAUGACCGCUAUUUUGGAGUUGAAGGCACCUACUACAUGUUCAAAGUGGCUUUGCUACAGCUCCUGACCAUUUUGCUUCAGGCGUUUGGGAAGCUUCAUUUGCUCGGUGGCAUUGCACUCUUUGCAGAACAACAAAGGCUCUCAGUUGCAGAAUCUUUGAAGGUAACAUUCUGGUUGUUUUGGGCGCUACUAUUUUGCAACAGCGUCUACCCCAACAUGCUCUUCAUUUUCCCGGAGAGUAUGCGGUGUCGCUACACCUGUGCGAUGCUGGACGUUUUCUUUGAUCUAGGAUAUGUUUUGACCUACUUGGUGAUGGUUGUGAUCGGGGCGACCGAGUUGCACGUGAACGUGUCUGUUUGGGGUAAUUUUGGAGAGCGCUCGCAGCUGGGCUUUAGCAACAGCAUAAGUCCCAAGUUCGCUUUCCCUUCAGAGUUCCUCCAAUACAUGGCAGUCUAUGUGAGCAUUGCUCACGUGUGCUGCGCUUGUCGUGCUGUUCAGAGAGGGCAAACGCCUGAGUUGGAAGCCGCGAGAGAUGCGCGCCCGAAGGUUGUCUGGGCCCAUGUGAGAUGUCAAACAUGGGUGAGACGCUUCCUGAAGUACAUCUACUCACCAUGUUUGACGGCGUUGCUUGUCUACUUGCUGAUCUGUCAGGAUGCUUAUCCAGGGCACAGAGGAGACUUCACGUGCUUCCCUUGCCGGUGUUCCGCUGGACGACUUCAAAGCUGCAGCUUGGCAGCGCAACUGCAGCAAGAGCAGCUUGUCAUUGCUGGUGUCACCAGCAUUGAGCCACAGGCAUUCAAACCUUUGGGUUGCCGCCUGUCGCGGUUGUCCCUUGCAAAUAAUUCCAUAACGAGCUUGGAAGCAAGAAGCUUUGAGCAACUCCCUUGCUUACAGAUAUUGGAUAUCAGCCGGGCAAAACUCCGCAUGCUGGCCAAGGACUCUUUCUAUGGAUUGGAGCAGCUGGAAGUGCUCUCCCUGCAUGGGAAUGAACUCCGCAACAUCUCAGGAGACCAUUUAUCCCAUCUGCCAUCCCUUGAGAAGCUUCUGCUUGGAAGCAAGGCAGUCUGGGACAAUGAAACAGAGACAAAUUACGAUUUGGAAGCCGGAAACUUGAUCAGGAUUUUGCCGCCCCGACUAUUCGAAGGAAAUCCGCACUUGAAUUUGUUUGACAUCAGUGGCAACAACAUCACCAAAGUUGACCGAGACACUUUCGUUGGAGCGACAAACUUGCGAGUCCUGGACCUCAGUCAGAACAGCCUGCGAGAACUUCCUGAAGGACUCUUUGUUGAUCUCCCGAGGCUCCACACAGUAUUUCUGGAUCACAACAACAUCAGUGCACUUCCCGAAGGACUCUUUGCUGGUCUCUCGGGUCUCCAGAAAGUGUGGCUGAACAACAACCAGCUCAGUGCACUUCCCGAAGGACUCUUUGCUGGUCUCUUGACUCUCCAAAAAGUCUGGCUGCACAACAACCAGCUCAGUGCACUUCCCGAAGGACUCUUUGCUGGUCUCUCGACUCUCCAAUGGUUGGGGCUGGACAACAACCAGCUCAGCGCACUUCCCGAAGGACUCUUUGCUGGUCUCUCGAGUCUCCAGAAAGUCUGGCUGCACAACAACCAGCUCAGUGCACUUCCCGAAGGACUCUUUGCUGGUCUCUCGACUCUCCAAUUGUUGGCGCUGCACAACAACCAGCUCAGUGCACUUCCCGAAGGACUCUUUGCUGGUCCCUCGAGUCUCCAGAAAGUGUCGCUGAACAACAACCAGCUCAGUGCACUUCCCGAAGGACUCUUUGCUGGUCUCUACAGUCUCCAGGACGUGUGGCUGUACAACAACCAGCUCAGUGCACUUCCCGAAGGACUCUUUGCUGGUCUCUCGACUUUGCAAUUGUUGUCGCUGAGCAACAACCAGCUCAGUGCACUUCCCGAAGGACUCUUUGCUGGUCUCUACAGUCUCCAGGACGUGUGGCUGUACAACAACCAGCUCAGUGCACUUCCCGAAGGACUCUUUGCUGGUCUCUCGACUUUGCAAUUGUUGUCGCUGAGCAACAACCAGCUCAGUGCACUUCCCGAAGGACUCUUUGCUGGUCUCUCGAGUCUCCAGAAAGUGCUGCUGAACAACAACCAGCUCAGCGCACUUCCCGAAGGACUCUUUGCUGGUCUCUCGAGUCUCCAGAAAGUGUGGCUGUCAAACAACCAGCUCAGCGCACUUCCCGGAGGACUCUUUGCUGGUCUCUACAGUCUCCAGGACGUGUGGCUGCACAACAACCAGCUCAGCGCACUUCCCGAAGGACUCUUUGCUGGUCUCUCGAGUCUCCAGAAAGUGUGGCUGCACAACAACCAGCUCAGUGCACUUCCCGAAGGACUCUUUGCUGGUCUCUACAGUCUCCAGGAAGUGUGGCUGCACAACAACCAGCUCAGUGCACUUCCCGAAGGACUCUUUGCUGGUCUCUACAGUCUCCAGGAAGUGUGGCUGAACAACAACCAGCUCAGUGCACUUCCCGAAGGACUCUUUGCUGGUCUCUCGAGUCUCCAAGUGUUGGGGCUGCACUACAACCAGCUCAGUGCACUUCCCAAAGGACUCUUUGCUGGUCUCUACAGUCUCCAGGAAGUGUGGCUGUACAACAACCAGCUCAGUGCACUUCCCGAAGGAUUCUUUGCUGGUCUCUCGAAUCUUAAAUUGUUGGGGCUGAACAACAACCAGCUCAGUGCACUUCCCGAAGGACUCUUUGCUGGUCCCUCGAGUCUCCAGAAAGUGUCGCUGAACAACAACCAGCUCAGUGCACUUCCCGAAGGACUCUUUGCUGGUCUCUCGACUCUCCAGAAAAUGUGGCUGUACAACAACCAGCUCAGCGCACUUCCCGAAGGACUCUUUGCUGGUCUCUCGACUCUCCAAGUGUUGGGGCUGCACAACAACCAGGUCAGUGCACUUCCCGAAGGACUCUUUGCUGGUCUCUCGAGUCUCCAGCAAGUGUCGCUGAACAACAACCAGCUCAGUGCACUUCCCGAAGGACUCUUUGCUGGUCUCUACAGUCUCCAGGAAGUGUGGCUGUACAACAACCAGCUCAGUGCACUUCCCGAAGGACUCUUUGCUGGUCUCUCGAGUCUCCAGAAAGUGUGGCUGCACAACAACAGUCUCAAGGAAGGCA